AUGGCAUCACCGCGUACACGUCGUAAAUUAAAUUCGAUUCGCACUCAGGAUGAAAACCACAAAUGUUUCGAGUGCGGUACUCUUAAUCCUCAAUGGGUAUCGGUGACCUACGGUAUUUGGAUUUGCCUUGAAUGUUCAGGCAUACAUCGCAGCCUUGGGGUUCACUUGUCUUUUGUUCGUUCAGUCACUAUGGACAAAUGGAAGGAUAUCGAGCUAGAAAAAAUGAUGGUCGGAGGUAACUUAAAAGCUCGUACAUUUUUUGAAAGUCAACCAGAUUAUAAACCAGACAUGAAAAUUCAACAGAAGUAUAACACUAAAGCUGCUUCUAUGUAUCGACAAAAGAUCACGGCACUAGCCGAAGGUCGUGAUUGGAGUCCCUCUGACUAUAAACCUGAGGUAGUAGAGAGACCAACAGAUUGGAGUCAGUCUCAGACAUUCUAUUCAUCGGGUGAUAAUACAUUCCAUACCAGUGGCUCUGACAACAACAUCAGCUAUCAUAGUGAAUAUGGAAGUGGACGGUACACUGGAUUUGGAAAUACGCCUAAGCAGUCACACUCUACCCCCAUGUCUCCAAUAAACAGUGGCAAUGAAAUUGUUGAUAACACACUAUCGUCACUUGCAUCCGGUUGGUCGCUGUUUGCUUCGUCUGUCUCAAAAGCAGCUCGUACAGCUACUGAAAGUGCAGUGCGGUAUGGUGGAAUGGCGUCACAGAAAGUAUCUGAAAUGGCUUCAACUGUAACUGAUAAGGUAAACAACCGCGGUGGUUGGACCUCUUUGGGAGGGACAAGCGAGCUACGACGAGCCAGCAACUCGAGCACCAAUUUCCAGUCUCAUAGUUAUGGAGCUAUGAAGAAUUCCACUUCUGAACCAUAUUCAAAAUGGAAUGAACAAAUUCAGCCUACCGAAGUUCAGUCGGUUGCUGCUCGCAACAAUCUUGACUCACGCGAUCUCUCGCAGGUCGGAGUGUCGAGCCCCCCGCCUGACAUCAAGAACAUCACUAUAAAGAAGAAACGAGACGAUGAUUCCUGGGAUUGGCUCAACCAUUAAGAUGAAGUAUCAGGUAUAAAGUAUCAGCAUCGAGACAUGGCACUUUGCUAAAUUCACCGCUGGGCUAUUAUCAAUAUACAUCUAUGUUAAUCUCUAAAUUGAAUAAUUAUUUUACUUAAUGAUAAUAUAUUUUGUGGUACAAAAGAAUUAAAUUUAUUCUAAGAGUAUGUAUAAACAAAUCUAUUAAAAGUUAUAUAACUUCUCCUAUUAGUUAUAAAACUUUCUGUGAACUAUUGUAAUCAUAAUUAAGUUUUCUUUAGUUCAAUUACUUGAGAAUGUAAGGCUCUAUUUUAAAAAUUACUAAAAAUUUAUUGAAAUAUUAUAAUUUAGUAAAAUUUA